GUCGCGUGUGAUAAUAUUCUGUACUUAAGCGAACCGCAUUUAUUUUGCAAUUAUUUAUUUAUUGCUCUUACAUUCAGUAUCAUGUCUACGGGAAUUUUUAUCUGCUUAACAGUUUUAGUUAUACAAAACGUAACAGCUCAAUUUAGAGUCCCAGAACUAACACCACAGACAAUACCAACAUUACAGAAUCAAAAAUUACAAAAUCAUUGGUCAUUGGGGUCUCUAUCAUCUCUUACACCUAGAAUGAAGUUAGUGUCGCAACGUCAUCAGUAUAUCAUAAAAAAACCCCAAAAGAAAAUUAAUAAGCGCCAGUUAAUGGCUGAAUUAUUCAAGCAAUCGGCCAUUAAAAAUAUACAAGAUGCUGCUAGUAUUUGUAAUAGACAAAAGAAAUCGAUUCAUUUAAAUAAUGUCGCUGUAGUUUAAAAAUAUGUAUUUACUAACUUAUUUAUUGAAAUAAAUUUAAUAAUCUAAUU